AUGAAUCCCGCCGUGACCAACUUGGUAUUGAUGCUCACCAUGAUGCAAGUCGCCAAGAAGCUCGACUUCGAGGACCCUCAGGUCUUGCUCUACGCGCGGGUCGGCUACGUCGCCUGCCAGGUGAUUGCCCUCGCCGUCUAUCUUAUCACCAGAGCCAAGAUUAACAGCAAAAACGACAUGGUGACCCUCAAGUACGUCGAGCCGGCUAACCCCUUUGGCGGGGAAGCGGCUCCCAAGGCUACCGUCACCACCGUUAAGGAAUACGACUUGAAGCAAGUCGACACUCAAAUUAAGGGGAUCUUCACGGGGAUGGCGAUGUUGGGGUUCAUGCACUUGUACAUGGGGUACACCAACCCGUUGCUCAUGCAGCUGAUUUCCACCGUCAAGCUGGCGCUCGAGCUGAACAUCGUCAAGAUCCACGUGUGGGGCACUCCCGCCACCGGCGACUUGAAGCGUCCGUUCAAGCUGGCCCCCGGGUUUUUGCAACAAUUCAUGGGCGGGGACAAUGAAGUCAAGACCGACAAGCAGCUGGUGGAGGCGGCGGAGAAGGCCGGCGCCGGCGGGGUCAAGGAAGACUAG